GUCACGUGAGUGAUUAUUCCAGUUCUGCCUGAACACUUGAAAAGACUUCAGCCUUGCAAAGAGAGCUGAGUGAAUCCAUGCGAAGAGGGAGGCACAAAGCAUGUAGCUUCUCAGGUUAAUUGGUUUCAGUAAAGUAUGAGAGCAAAUUAUUCAGCAAGAAAAUUCUGCUGAAAUCAACCAGGAAAAUGUGGAACCAGGCAAGAACUUCAGCAGGCUUGCCCCGGGGAAUGUUGAUUAAUUCAGCCUCCAUGUACUCUGAAAGGCACAGUGAUCCCUCCGAGAUCAGAUGUCUCAUGGCAGAGCCUGAUUAUUUUGAUAACAACCCUGACCUCAUCAGGCCCAAGAAGCUCUUGAAUCCAGUCAAAGCCUCCAGAAGUCACCAAGAGCUGCACAGAGAGCUGCUUAUGAACCAGAAGCGAGGUUUGGGUUCUGAAAACAAACCAGAGUUACAACGAGUGCUGGAAUACAGGCGGCGAGAUCAGCUCAUUCGGCAACGGAAGGAGGAAGAAGAGGCACAGAAAAUUAAAUCUCCAUUUGAACUUCAACUCCAGAAGAGACAUCAAAGGCUGGAACAGUUGGAAAGGGAACAGGAGAGGAGUGGAGAAGAACAAGAAAAUGCUCCUGAAUUCAUCAAAGUCAAAGAAAACUUGCGGAGAACAUCCACUUUCAGUACUGAGAAGAAGGCUGGCUAGUAUAGAGAGUUCCUUUCUCAAUGAAUGGCCUUUUACUGGUUGAUAAUGCUCGGCACCAGUUCUACUUGACUGAUUUGCUAUGCCAUCAUUAUAGAGUUCAUUUAAUGUUCUUGUCUUUCUUAUGAGGAAAAUGAAAACUGUUUUAUUCUGCUCGGAAUGGAUGGCCAAUCUUUUCCAGACAUUAAGAAUGUUUGUUUUGUAGGGCUCACCAAACCUGAUCAGUAGGUGAGAACGUGAAAGUGCUACUUAAUGUGAAUAUGCCAGUUUGAAUAAAAAGAAACAUAACAAGAAUCCAGUGAAUCUGGACAAUGAAUUGUAAUGACAAAGUGACCUAUCAACAUACCUUAAAUUUCUUACCCCUGACUAAGAUGGAACAUCAAGCUCGCUAUUCGUUCAUGCAUUCCAUGUAAUGAUUCAAAGCAUAAAGAAGGUGUUUCAUGGUAUUUUGCAUAAAAGGUUCUCUGCUUGUAACAUCAACUGACGUGCAGCAGCAGUGACUCUUUUUAAUGAAAUGAACUUAGAGUCGAAUGUUCCCUUUGACGGGUGAGAUUUGAUGGUGACAAUUAUUGUCAUGUGAUAUUUGCCUUUUAUCUCAGAGGAAAAGCCUUCCUUUUGCUUGUGUUGAUAUUUGGUCAAACGUUUGACUGCUAUGCAUUUUUUUUUGUUACGGCUGUAUUUGAAUUAAAAUGUUGCUAAUUGAAGAUUGUUGUAAAUGCUACAUGGAUAUUGUUAAUUUUAAUCUACAAAUCUUAACAGUAAAAUAAGUGGUGGCUGUUGGUAUUUUAUGGAUUGUCUGAUUAUGUAUGUAUACAGUCAACAGCUGAAAUAGCCAGAAUCUGCUGGGAAGAUUUGGAAUUGUUGACUGUUGAUAUUUUUUUAGGAGUUAAAUUUAGAUUGCACAAUACCUAACAAUCCAGAAAAUAUAUCACAAUUUUCAAUACAUUUAUUAUCUACCUAUAGUAAUAGAUGUGUAGAUAACUCCUGUAUUGAGAAUCUUGGUGUGUUUUUUUUCUGAUAUAAUACUAUGGGAUAAAGAAAUUAAUAGGGUAAACACAAUUAAAACUUCUACAGUAAACCAAGGAACAACUGACCAAAACCUUUAAAACUUUGUUCUGUCUUGCUGACAGCACAUUUCAUUCUAGAAUAAUUCUAUUAAGCGCUUAUGAACCUACUACUAAAAGCAGAUAUAUUUUGAAAAGCUACCCGUACCAGAGCCUUAGAAAAUCACAAUAAUUAGCCUUACAGAAUGUGUGGGCAGCAUAGAGAAGAAUUUUGUGUAGUACAAGAAAUGCAAUGACUACUACUUUAAAGAUAAACGCUGUGUAAACAAAAUCAAUUUACAAUCAAUAUCUUUUAUGUUCAUUCUGUCAUUUACACUUCAAAAUGCUGAUUUAUUUUAUACUUAGUAAUGUCCAGAUGUUGGAGACUGCUUGAUUAUGAAUGUAAUUCUGAAAGCUUUUAACUUCAUUUGAAAAGAUUGUCACUCUCUUAAUUUUGUUUGCCAUGUAUUCAAUUCACCUAGUACUGGAAAGAAAGAGUGUCUGGUAUUUUGUGACCAGAAUUGCAAAGAAAAAUUGCAAUGCAGCUGCUAGAAUGACAAAUCAUAUUGUUUGUAAUGACAACAGCUGUCUGUAUGUUUUGUAAACGAUGCUUUUGAAAUGUUACUGAGAAAAUGUUUACGGUUGCAUAAGUUACACCUAUCACCACAGUAAAAUGAAUUUACACCUCUGAUUAGAUUUAGUGUUGGAAUGCACAUUCUGAAAGUUUAUUUUCUUUCACUUUUACUCAUCACUUGGGAAAUUGUUGCUUUUCUACAUGUACAUAAAAUUCAAGCUCCAGUCUGUGAAUCUGUGAUAAGAGGUAAUCACUGUUUCAUCAUUGAUAACAGGAGGAGAUUUUGUAUUCAGUUGGAUUGUUGCCAUCUAUAGGUUUGUGUAAUUGUAACAGCUUUGAAAUUAAAAACUGCUUAUUUUACCAUGUGGAAAUUUCUCGUGCUUCAAAAAUUGAAUGCUUAGGUUUUGCAUUUUGUAGCUCAAGUACACUGUUUGCAUACAUUAUUUACAUACCAGUCAUCUUUUAUUAACAUUAGUGGUGUUAAUGUAAAUUACAUUGCAAAAUUCAAAGUAGCCAAGGAAGACCUAUAAUUAACGACAAUUCUGCCAAUGGCCCAGCUUGGGUAACCUAAUACUGCGGAAUUCAUUGUUGUAAGCACUGUUAACGUAGAAAAUUAGCUCUUGUCUAAAAGCAAGACACAGGCUGAAUUGUUGUUCUUUGAAUUUUUUUUUUGUAAUUUUUUUAAAUUGAAUUUCAUCAUCAAACAAACAUUUCCAUAAGAUGUAUUUCAGAUACUGUACAUAUAUAUCAUGUAAUCAUAUUUGUCACAAAUCUCCACAUAAUAUUUAUCUAAGGUAUACACUUAUAGAAAGGAGAGGAAAGAAAUAACAAUCAAAAGAAGAAAACUAUGUACAAAGUAGGGGUGAUCUUUUUUUUUACAACAUAUUCAUUGACUUGUGAGAAUAAAAUCAGGCCUAUGAGGUGUUAUGUAGUUAAACCAUUUUUCCCAGUAUGAAUCAAAUUGUUCCAACUUAUGAUUAACAAUCUUUUCUAUUUUGUAAAUGUCCAUCGUAAUUUCCAUCCAUACAUUUAAAGUUGGGCUCUCCUGUGAUAACCAUUUCCUGGUAAGGGCCACCAGUAGUAUAGUCAUUAAAUAUUUAUCUCUUUUCAACCAUUCUUGAGGUAUAUACCCAAAAUAUAUGGUCUUACUCUCUAAGGGCAUUUCACAUUUAAAGAUGUCUAGUAGGGCAUUAUGAACCCCACUCCAACAGUCUUUGAUAUCGGGGCAUUCCCAGAAAAUGUGAUAAUGGUUUGCAUUUUGAGUUCCACAAUUUUUCCGGCAAACAGGGAGGUUACUAUCAUAAUGGGAUUUCUGAGAGGGUGUAAUAAAAUAUCUUAAGUUUUUCCACCCGAACUCCCUCUUUUUCUGUGAACUGGUACACUUCCAUUGAUACCUCCAUAUUAUUGUCCAGUCUUCCUCAGAUAUUAUUAUCCCUCCUUCCUUCUCCCAUUUUGUUUUAAUGUAUGAAGUCGAAUGUGUUUUAAGAUUUGACAAACUCUUAUACACGCUUGAAAUGAUUCUACUACCGUUGUCUAAAUUAUAUGCUUUUCUAAAUAGCUCUAUCAGACAUGUACUUGCCUUGGUUACAUUUUUAACCGUCCUAUUAACAUACUGUUGCAUCUGUAAAUACCGAUGAAAGUCUUGUUUUUCUAAUAAGUUCUUUGAACUUCUCAAUAGUUGCCGGGUAUGCAAGCGAGUGAAAUAAGUGAAUUUGAAUUUAUUUAUUUAGAUCUUACAUCCGUCCCACAAUGUGAGGGAUUAAAAAUCUCUAUGUUAUGACUCCAUCGCAAUGUACAGACAAGAAAUGGAACAGGUUGUAUCCGCUGACGGGAAACACACAUUCCACAGAUAAAGAAGUAUGCUGUAUAGUAAGAAAGUAUGAUAAAAUAAACAUAAUAGUAUGAAAAUAGUUCACAUCUGGCGCUAACAAGAGGAAUUCUGCAGAUGCUGGAAAUUCAAGCAACACACAUAAAAGUUGCUGGUGAACGCAGCAGGCCAGGCAGCAUCUCCAGGAAGAGGUACAGUCGACGUUUCAGGCCGAGACCCUUCGUCAGGACUAACUGAAGGAAGAGUCUCACUAACUCUGCGUUCACCAGCAACUUUGAUGUGUGUUGCUCACAUCUGGCGCUGCCGCUUCAUACUUCGCCUGAACGUGGAUAGUUUGUGGAAAUCUGAAAUAAUAAGACAAAACUAGCAAUAAUCGGCAAAAUUAGGCAGUGUGUUGUAAAAGUAAAUAUUUACCAACUGCCACCAAUCUUCCCGAUAAACCUACUGGACUAUUCACCUUCGAUGAGAGCUAGCAAACUUUCACUGGACAGUACAACAGUAUGCUGUGCGCAAACAUUCACUCUAACCACUUUCACUCAGGUUGGAGGAACAACACCUUAUAUUCCGUCUGGGUAGCCUCCAGCCUGAUGGCAUGAA